UGUCUUUUAUUUAUAUUUUGCAGUUGCUAUAGCAAUAACAAUCUUUAUCAGUGCAUUAUUAUGUUUUUUAUUAUCUUCAUUGAGCCUUAGUGUUUGUUUGAAACUAUUGUAAUCACACAAUAACACAAACAAUUCAAGACAAAAUGAAUAGCCUGGAUGUGGCUCCUGGGAGUGAAACCAUCAGAGACAACGUCAACUGGGAGCCAGAAAAUCAAUCAGAGACAUCCCAUAAUAAGAGUCUGCUGCUUGCUGAUACAUGGAAACCAUGCAGAGGGACCCGUGCAAUUGUCAAAGGAUGGCUGUUGAAGCUGAGGUGUUGUUUGGGAGCAGCGUGUGGAAUGGAGUGGUAUGGCUACGCUGCUCUGGGCAUUUUGACUGCCAUCCUUAGCUUCCUCAUGGAUCUCAGUGUAACAAAGCUGCUGAGAGCUCACCAAUGGCUUUAUAUGAAGCUGGAAGGCAACACUGUCCUGCAGUUCUUCUGCUGGACUCUUUACCCAGCAUGUCUCUGUGCUGUCGCAUCAUCGUUCUCCCAUAACAUCUGUCCCUUCUCCACAGGCUCAGGGAUACCAGAGGUGAGAACCAUGCUGGCUGGCAUUGAAAUGCCUCAUUACUUGUCUAUCACUAAUAUGUUUACCAAGUUCCUGGGCCUUAUCUGUACACUGGCAGCUGGCAGCACUGUUUUCCUGGGCAAAGUGGGUCCAUUUGUGCAUCUUUCCACCAUGGUUGGAGCCUACCUGAGCAACCUCUGCACUCUUUUACAAGCCACUGAGAAGGAAAAAGCUGCUGGAGAAAUGCUGGUUGUAGCGGCUGCUGUUGGGGUAGCCAGCUGCUUCGGUGCGCCCAUCAGCGGUGUGUUUUUUAGUGUGGAAGUGAUGUAUUCUCACUUUGCCCUGAGGAAUUACUGCCCAUGUUUCUUUUCAACCGCCUGCGGGGCGCUGACCUUCCGCCUGUUCUCAGUGUGGAGUGGAGAUGGAGAGACUCUUCAGGCAUUGUUCAAAACUAAUUUCCCCUCUGCUUUACCUUUCUACCCGCUGGAGAUUCUGCUGUUUGCUUUCCUGGGGCUGCUGUGUGGAGCUGUGUGCUGCUGCUACCUCUUCUGCCAUAGGUGGAUCCUGCGAUUCUCCAAAACAAACCCAGUCUUUAUCAAGAUGCUGACGACAGAGAAGGCUCUAUACUCGGGCAUGGUGGCCUUCCUCCUGGCAUCUCUGACAUUUCCCCAUUGUGCUGGUCAAUAUAUGGCUUCUAAGUACACCAUGAAGCAACUCCUCACCUCCUUACUGGAUAGCAAGCAGUGGAGCUCUCAAUCCCACAAUGCCUCUGUUCAACUGGGGCCUGAGCCUUGGUUGGAGUGGAGCUCAUCAGGGAGUCCUGUCUUCCUUUCUUUGUCUGUCUUUCUUCUCAUGAAGAUGUGGAUGAUGAUCCUCGCCUGCACUCUGCCUCUGCCAGCUGGAUAUGUCAUGCCAGUGUUUAUCUAUGGGGCAGCUUUGGGUCGUUUGCUUGGAGAAGGAGUAGCUUACGUGUCUUCUACUGGAGUGACUUCAGGCCAACAGUGGGUUUCUAUAAAUCCUGGGGGUUACGCACUUGCUGGUGCAGCAGCCUUCACCGGGGCUGUGACACACACCUUGUCCCCAGCUCUUCUGGCUUUAGAGUUAACUGGCCAGUUCAGCCAUGCUGCACCCAUCCUCCUUGCCACUCUGCUGGCUAAUGCCCUGGCUCGCUCAGGGAACCGUCCAUCUUUCUAUGAUGCUCUCUCUAUCAGCAAAAGGCUCCCACACCUGCCCUCCCUGAUGAAGGUAUGCCCCCGGGUUUCCUCCACACCAGUCGGACAGGUUUUGGGAGUAAAAUCAGAGCAGCUUCAGAAAGCAGCUGGGCCAGUGGAGGUUCAGCAUGCUGUCAACACCAGCACUGAAACACAAAUCCCUGUGGUGGACUCACAUGAGUCACAGAUUUUACUGGGGUUUGUUCUCCGAUCAGAGCUGCUGAUGUUCCUGCGUCACUGUAAGACUGAGACUCUGGAGAAAAAUCUGGAUGAAGUGUGCUGCAUUUACCCAACUUCUGUCCUGUUGUCACCUCACAACACUGUUGAGGAGGCUCACAGUAUCCUGAGUCUGGUUCGAGGCCAGACCUUGUUUGUCGCAGACAGGGGGAGGCUGGUCGGGCUCAUCACAUGGCCAGAGAUGAAGAGAAUAUUAGAGGACUUGGCCAGAGAAAUCUAAGCAGCGACACAGCAGAAAUAAGCAUAUCCCCUGACCUUUUUUUAAGCAUGAGCAUGGAUCCAUCUUUGUCUGAUUAGCUGUAACACGAGCCUGGCUCUAAUAAUGAUAUAUAAUAAUGAUGGUGGUGAUGGUGGUGAUGGCGCAUAGAUAAGAUGCUUGCCUUUGCCACUGUGUCUCUCAGCAAGACACUUAACUCCUAGUUGCUCCAGAGGUGUGAGACCUCUGACAUGUAUAGCAAUUGUAAGUCGCUUUAGAUAAAUAUAAAUUCUUCAUUUCGCAAGCAUAGCAAUAUUUGUACACAAGCAAAACUGUUAUUAGCUGGAGGCUCCUAUGACACACAUUUAUCAGAGCUUAUUGUCUUGCCCCUUAUUGUAAUUAGCAGGAUCUCUUCCACUGAGGACAUUACGCACUCUCACAAUCUCAUUCACUGAUCUGCACUUUGUGAUACAGCAUUAUUAAAAGUGUGUCUUCCCAGAAUAAUAUCCAUCGGGGAGGAAAAGAAAAGCCUACAAAACGGUUUGUACAAUUAACACAAUGUAACACUACUGGUGUAACCCACACUUCUCUGUAUAUACAGUAGUACCUAUUGCUCCAAUGCAUACCAUAAAUUUCCAUGCAGGCUUUGGUUUCUAUUUAUUUCAGUAAUCUAUAAAAAUUAUGUUGCAGACCAUUGAAAGGUCCUUGAGAUAAGUAAACCAUCACAUAUGCAUCAUGCCCAUUUUACCUGGUUUGACAAAGUUUUAUCAGCAUCAUGUGGUGAUGCAGGUAGUUAGUAUUUCAGCCUACUAUUUCUAUUAGGAACUGUAUUUAAAGAUGUUGCAACAAAUAGUCUCAAGUUAAAGCUAGUAUGUGUUAAAUUUGAGCAUGCCAUCAGAAUAAUACGCAUUAAAACUCUCCUCAGUUGCCUUGGUGAUGAGGUUUCUACUCAGCUUAAUCAAAUCCAAGUUGUUAUGAGUGUUUUUCUGGUGUGAUUAUUAAAACUCAGGAAAAACAUGAAUCAUAAAUAAGAUGUAUUUAAAAAAAGAAUAUCUUGGGCUAUUAGGUGAACCUGCCAACAUAAAACAUAUAAAUUAUAUAAGAUAGCAUUAACAAACUGAAAUGAUUGUUUAAGGAAUUCUUCAAAAUGAUAUUCACACUUGAGGAUUCAGGUCAAUGGACUAUCUAAGGAGAUGACUCGUUUUAAAAUUGUGCAACUCAUUUUCUAAAGAAAUUUAAAGUAAACUAAACAGGAAAGUAAUUUCUAAGAUUCGGGGCAUUGUAGGACUGGAGAACAGAGAACAAUAUUUCUCUGACACCUUAAACCUUUAGAACAAAGAAAUGCAAAACUUCAAUAACUUGCAGCUUGUCAAUGUGUAAAUGUCAAAUUAGAUACUGAUACCUUUCACUUUUCUACUGCGUCACGUUUCUGUCACAGUGAAAGGCCACAGCAGCUGUUGUUACAUUGAGCAACUAAUUAGAACUCAUAUUAUUUGUUUGUUGUUGUUUUUUUUUUACAUCAGCCGAAUAACAUUCAGUGAGAUAACAGCCAGACGCAUCACACAGCACAGCUUCAUUUUGUGCUAAAAGAACACCAUGACAGGUGACACUAACACCUCCAUUCAUCAACCAUCUCUCACUCUCUAACACACAGGCAUGCUGACAUACAUGCAGAAAUACACACCGACCAUAUGCACAAUGACAGGUUCUGCGUCCUUCUCCCGCUGUUUUUCUCCACUUUCCUCUGCACCGCUCUCCUGCACCAAUUGCUCUCAGACAGAAAAGUGUGAAUAAUAGCUAAUCAUAGAUGGGACUCAAACAGAUAAUUGGGUGGACGCUUUCUUUACAGAAGACUUCUCUCUAGAUUCAGAUGAGGAAUCUCAAAGAAUUCAGAUUUCCAAUGUCUUUCAUAAACUUUUCUCUACUCAGACUGCCUUCAUGUUAUUCUUCCUUACCAUAACCAAAUUAUUUUGUUCAAGUCAUCACUUUGAAAAUAAAAGGCAUCAGAAACAGAAUCGGACCGCCUGAUACAGCACAUACAAUAAAAGUGAUGUUUUAUAACAAGAUAUUUACACCAGUAUUGUUUGACUCUUCACAGUUCAAUUCUACAUGUAAUAUGAAAGUGUUUAAUGUACACUGAAUAAAAAAUGAAAAUGUA